CGCGCGCCCCUCCGUGGCGGGAACGGAGGCGGCUGUGCCGACCGUGGCCGAUCAGUCGCCGUGUCAGGCCGCUCGGGGCUCCCCGAGCCUCAUAUUUUCAGAUUGGGGGACGGAGCUAAGACUGCGACACCGCCUCGCCCUUUCACCGUCCGGGAACCCCAGGAACGAGCCGGCAGCGUCCUCGCUCCGGAGUCGGGCGGCUGGAAGGCCCAGGCGGUGCCCGGGAACCCGCGCGGAGAGCGGGGGAUAACAGCCUUCAGCACAAUGCAUUCAGAGGCCGCUAGUUCAUGGGGUGAUGUUCUUUAUUAAAUAAAGCUUUUCUUUUUCUGUCUUGCACCUGGUCAGGGUGAAGUAACCAUGCAGGCAUUUUUAAAAGGCACAUCUAUCAGUACUAAACCACCAUUGACCAAGGAUCGAGGAGUAGCUGCCACUGCCGGAAGUAGUGGAGAGAACAAGAAAGCCAAACCUGUUCCAUGGGUGGAAAAAUAUCGUCCAAAAUGUGUGGAUGAAGUUGCUUUCCAGGAAGAAGUGGUUGCAGUGCUGAAAAAGUCUUUAGAAGGAGCUGAUCUCCCCAAUCUCCUGUUUUAUGGGCCACCUGGAACUGGAAAAACAUCUACUAUUUUGGCAGCAGCGAGGGAACUCUUUGGGCAUGAACUUUUUCGAUUAAGAGUUCUUGAGUUAAAUGCAUCUGAUGAACGUGGAAUACAAGUAGUUAGAGAGAAAGUGAAGAAUUUUGCUCAAUUAACUGUAUCAGGAAGUCGUUCAGAUGGGAAGCCAUGUCCUCCUUUUAAGAUUGUGAUUCUGGAUGAAGCAGAUUCUAUGACCUCAGCUGCUCAGGCAGCGUUAAGACGUACCAUGGAGAAAGAAUCUAAAACCACCCGAUUCUGUCUCAUCUGUAACUAUGUCAGUCGAAUAAUUGAACCUCUGACCUCUAGAUGUUCUAAAUUCCGCUUCAAACCUCUGUCAGAUAAAAUUCAACAACAGCGAUUACUAGACAUUGCUGAUAAAGAACAUGUCAAAAUUAGCAAUGAGGGACUGUCUUGUCUUGUUAAAGUAUCAGAAGGAGACUUAAGAAAAGCCAUUACAUUUCUUCAAAGUGCUACUAGAUUAACAGGUGGGAAGGAGGUCACAGAUAAAGUGAUCACAGACAUUGCUGGGGUAAUACCAGUCAAGACAGUUGAUGGAAUAUUUGCUGCAUGUCAGAGUGGCUCUUUUGACAAGCUAGAAGCUGUGGUAAAGGACUUAAUAGAUGAAGGUCAUGCAGCAACUCAGCUUGUGAAUCAACUUCAUGAUGUAGUUGUAGAAAAUGAUGCUCUUUCUGAUAAACAAAAGUCCAUCAUUACAGAAAAACUUGCUGAUGUAGACAAGUGCUUAGCAGAUGGUGCUGAUGAACAUCUGCAGUUGAUUAGCCUCUGUGCUACUGUGAUGCAACAGUUAACCCAGAAUUGUUAAAACCACAUUCAAUUCAUACCAUUUUACAAUAAAAUAAUGAAAGCACC